AUGAAGAGCUGCCUGAAGAGCCCGAGUCCGCCGUACUCGCCGUACGCGUCUGCGCCACCCUCGCCGGGCGAGCGGCCACAGCUGCAGAAGACAGUGUCGUUCUGCGCGGACGACGACCUGGAAGAGGUCUUCGAGGUGGACGAGUGGGACCGUUCGCCCGCGCCGGUGACCCCGAAGCUAUCCUACGAAGACGUCCUCGAACUCAAACAGCUCCGCCUCUCCCUCCCCCGCCCUGCCCCGCCCCCCACCUACCGCCAGCCGUUCACGACCUCCCUCCCCACCGCCUACACCGCCGCCGCGUCCUCGUCCAGACCCUUCCCGGUCUCCCGCUUCGCAGCCCAGCCCAGCCACACGCCAUCAAAGUGGAAGAACCGCGGCACCACCCCGACGCCGUGCGCGGAUCUCGACCCGGACAUCCUCCCCUACCUCGACGCCGUCCCCAUCCGGCUGCUACCGCUGCUCGACACCCCGCCCGAGCCCGAACCUUCGAGUCCAGAGCUGCUCGCAGAGUCCGAACCCAUCGCCAGGGUCGACUCACCAUCACCGCAACCAACUCUAUCACCUCCGCCACAACCUUCUCCCGUGCAGACGCCGCCUGCACCUCCUUCGAGUUCGCCUCCUCCCUCGCUACCCUUCCCUUUGUCGCCGUCACACUCCAUCUCGCCUUCUCCCAUAUCAUCCCCAUCGACACCGACCGCCACAUCUCCGCCACCUGUCCGCCGCCGCCUACCCUCCUUCUCGUUCAUCCCGCUUCUACCCGUCCAGCCCGCCUCCCCGCCGCCACCUCCUACAGAACCGGUACGGCUGACAGCAUCUCAGCAGCGAAUGAACAUGACCUUCCUCCCGCUCGUCGCCCCGCCCUCACCACCAUCCGCACUCCCGCCCUCGCUUCCAGAGCCGCGUCCAGAGCCUGCGUCCGAGACAGAGGGCGCUAUGGAGCCCGAGUCUGAGCUCGCACCAACACCGACCCUCGCUCCCAUCCCAGAGCCGUCACCGUCCCCGCCAACCCCCGCGUCAGCUCUGUCAGUGACAUCCGCCGCUUCAGGCUCAGACAGCCCGUUGGACGUCUCGCCAGACGGAGAGACAGACGAAUCGGACGGUUAUAACGACCUCCCGGCGCGCGCACUAUCGCCGACGGACCUUUCCACGCCCGCGCUGAGCUCCGCGUCCGAGAGCGACACGGACGAGCACGACGGGGACACGGACCAGGACCAGGACGGCGACGAAGCCGGUGCACGCGGACGCAGCCAUGCAUUUGGGGGCCACGCGCGCCCGGCGCUGGCGGAGUACGAGUACUUCGCGGCGCGGCUGACGUCGUCGUCCGCGGGGCAGACGCCGCCGCUGAGCUCGAUCUACCCUGAGGUGGACGUCGGCCAUUAUGGCGCCCCGGAAGAGCCUGAGGCGGCAGCGCGCGUCGGUGCGGGGUUGGGGAUGAAUCUGGGACUGAGCAGGCUGCCGCUGGGGAUGCGGAUGCAGAUGCAGGCGCCGGCGAGCAUGGCGCUGAAGAAGAUGAAGCUCGCGGCGCUCCCGAGCCCUGCGCUCGCCCCGCCGAGCCCGUUCUCGCUUUACCCGCCGAGCCCCGGCGUUGGGGGGUCGCCUUUCGUGCCGAGGGAGUUGAGGGAGGUGGUGACUGUUGCGGAGAGGAAUGCAGUUGCCUUGGAGAAGACGAGCGUGAUUGUCCCACCAGACAUGGAUGACGGGGAUGCCUGGGCGCUGGAAGCGGAGAUUGAGGGGCUUACCGUUGUGGAGGGGUUUUCUUACAUGCAUCCACGCAACAGCCGUGGUGGCCUCUGCAUACUUAGCAUAUACGCCCGAGCGGCCGUGUCUAGACGGGUCCCUCCUGUACCUUACACCCUCAACUACUUGAUAGUAUCUGCUGUUCCCUCUCUUCAGUUGAGAUAUGCUGGGUGGGUGCCGGACCGGAGUGGACCUGCGGGGAAUACCCCAUGGGCCCGCGCUCAGAAUUUGAGUUUGCAUCUGUCGGGGGAUGGGCGUGAAGAUGAUGAGAACGACAACCCACUUGCGCAGCUGACUGAACGACCACUGAUGUACCACCCUUCAUCGAUAUCGCUUGGUCGUGUCAGCGGAGGGACAGACGCGUACGUGGUUCAGCAUAUGAUGGGAGUUGGGGACCAGUGA